AUUAAAUAAAAAAAUGGAGUCCACUCUUUUAUAUCUAACAAAUAUCUGCAUUCGGGAUCUUUCCAUUUCAUUUUCUCGCUACCCACGACCUUCGCUUCACCGAGAGCUUGGACUUGCCUGAUUUUAGGGUUUCUUUCUAAUUUGAUCUCCUCAUUGCGAAACCCGAGUCCUCGGAUCAGUGCAUAUCAAAUAAUUGAAGUCUGAGCAUUCUGGUUGUUAGGCUUCCUCGAUCAGCCAAGUUUCAUGUCUGAGCUCGAAACCCAGAUUCCUACUACCUUUGAUCCGUUUGCUGAUGCAAAUGCUGAAGACUCAGGUGCUGGUGCAAAAGAGUAUGUGCAUAUUCGUAUACAGCAACGGAAUGGUAGGAAGAGCUUGACUACUGUGCAGGGAUUAAAGAAGGAAUUCAGCUAUAACAAGAUACUCAAGGAUCUCAAGAAGGAAUUCUGCUGCAAUGGUACAGUGGUGCAGGACCCUGAAUUAGGGCAGGUUAUUCAGCUUCAAGGUGAUCAGCGGAAGAACGUCUCUACAUUCCUUGUUCAGGCUGGAAUUGUGAAGAAGGAAAACAUCAAAAUUCAUGGUUUCUGAGCUGUAUGGUGCAGUCCCCUCCUAUGUUUGCAGAAGAUCUGUUUGAACUGUGAGCAUAUGUUUAAGCUGUUGAAUCUAAGUCAUGUUGGUUUGAUAAGAGACACAUAAUUCUGUUUCUGUUGUUUCUUUUUAAGCUUUCUGGAUUUUAUGUGGGUUGGUAAUGGGAUAUGUGACUGUAUACUCUUAUAUUGCAAAUGAUUAUUAUUAUUAUUACUAUUAUCAGAAGUUGAAUUGUGAGAAUA